UAAAAUUAAAGGAAGUGGACUGGGCGCGACGUAUAAAACUUUUUGACGUGAAUUAUAUUAGGGGCUGUGUGUUUGGUUAUAUGAUCUCAUAUGGACAAAGAGACACAGAUGUUCGCCAGUUUACAAUGUCAGUGACGAUUCGUGAAAGGCUCUCAGUUCUUCAGUCACAAAUUAAAGGAGAUUACAAAGAUCUAUCAGUUAUUCAGCUCAAGAAACAUGGGUUGAUGAAUAGGAAAGACGACUUAGUGGCUGAAGUUGCUGAAGUUGCUGAAGAGCUGAAACCUGUCUUGGAUUCAAAUGGCCAGAAAAUAUAUAGCCGUGUUUUGCCCCUGGUGAGGGAGAUUCACAAACUUGAGGUGAAGAAACAGCAGCUUCUUGACGAACUUCACCUGCUGCAGGUGAGACAAGACGUCCACCGUGUCUUCACCACACUCACAGCUAUGACUGACAGAAGAGGAGCCCUGUACCCCUGGUUUACACAGUUGGAGAAAUUAGCUGAUUGUGAUGAUGGUGGAGAAUACAGGAGCUGCUGUCAGCAGGUGAGAUACUCCCCUCGAGUGGAAGCUGAUCAACUGGUAGAGCAGCUCUGCCUCACAGUACUCUAUGGUGGCUUCGAUGUGCAGGUGACCAUAUCAGCAGCAGCCAAACUGCCUGAAGACAGUGAUGUCAGCAAGGUUCCAGGAGACCCCCAUGUUGUCAGCAGCAGUAGUGUACACAUAGAGGGACUCGGAGACACAGUGACAGCUCUUCUGGAGAAGGACAGCCCAGUGGAUGGAUUGUUAUGUUUUGUGAUAGAAACACUGAAGAAAGAUGUUCUGGCAUAUGUCAGAAGAGAUGGCUUGUAACCAGAUGACCAGAUGCUGAUCAUAAACAUCGGUGCUGAGGGGAAACGAGUAAAGUUAUUUUCUCUU